AUGCAAGAUUGGCAGAUCACGAACAAAAUAACAUGCGUUGUCAGUGACAACGCUGCUAACAUCCAAGCUGCUAUCAGGCUAGGUGAAUGGCGACCUGUGGGUUGUUUCGCCCAUACAUUAAAUUUGAUAGUGCAGAAUGGCCUUAAAGUAAUAUCUGAGAUUGUAGGUAAAGUCAAAUCCAUAGUGGAAUACUUCAAAAAAAGUUGUACGGCGCAAACGAAGUUAGAAUCGGUACUUAAACAAAUGGGUUUACCGAUAUUAAAAUUAAAACAAGAAUGUCCAACACGUUGGAAUUCGUGCUACGAGAUGCUAGAAAGGAUUCUAAGAGUAAAAGAUGCUGUUAUAAGUACUUUAGCUCUCAUAAGAAAUGAACUCAAUCUUCAAAUUGCAGAUUGGGAAGUACUUGAAACCGUAGUGGCAAUUUUGAAACCAUUUUUUGAAGUGACAGUAGAAGUUAGCAGCGAAAAUCAUGUCACUCUGUCAAAGGUAUUGGUAUUUACACAAAUAAUGUCGAAGCAUAUUAUAAAAAACCUUGCAAAAACAUAUAAGCACCCCGUGAUACCUGAGUUACUAAACAAAUUGAAAACGCAAAUAGAAGCGCGACUCUUCGACCUAGAAUCGAACAUUUUAUAUGCCGAUUCUACGAUCCUUGACCCUAGAUUUAAACAAAAAGGGUUUCGUACUCAAAAAAGCUACGAAAACGCGAUUGAGGAUAUAAGACGCAGGAUUAGCCGUAUACAAAUAAAUUCUACGGUUGUCUAUGAAAAUCAAGUAUGUUUAAAUACAAAUUCCGCACCCGUAGAUACGGACAGUAUGUGGGCUGACUUUGAUACUGACAUGAAUCAAGGGGUUCGCCCAGAAAAUUCUGUUGCGGCUGGAAUACGAGAGCUUGACAAAUACAUGAAAGAGGAAUACCUACACCGUAAGGAGGAUCCCUUAAAGUGGUGGCACAGUCGAAAACACAUUUAUCCACAUAUUUAUCAAUUAGUUUUGAAAAGAUUGUGCAUCCAGGCAACAUCAGUGUCCUGUGAACGUAUAUUUUCUGGAGCAGGUCAAGUAAUAACCAAUAGGCGUAAAUUAUUAAAGCCAUCAAAAGUAUCACAGGUGGUAUUUCUGCAUAGUAAUAUGUAA